AUGGCAGCAUUGAGGCAGGAGUAUAGUUAUGGUCUCUCAGGUGCCCAAAUCAGCAAAAACACCACCAACCAAAGUUUGUACCACAUUAAACUGACUGACAGCGUGAUCCAGAUGCUGGAAACUUAUCAGAACUUGAAGACUUCACUAUCAAAUCAGCCAACUAUUUGCUUCAAGGAGAACCAGGUGUACAUGAAGAUUCCAGCACCGACCCCGGAUGCCCCUGAUGCCACAAUGAUUAUCAGGUUCAACUUGUCCAGUGAUGGCAGCGAGAACCCACAGUCCAGCUUUGAGUGUAUUCAGCAGUAUGGCUCAGGGGACAACAGCGACCACCUGGAGAGCAAGGGCCAUAUUCAGGGCAAGAUUACAGUUUGUGCCACAGAACAGCCCUACCAGACUGCGCGGGACUACCUGACUCAGAUGGAGAACGCCAGACGGAAACGCUCAGCAAUUGAGAUCGAGCGGAGGCCAAGUAAGUUUGGAAAGGUCCAGAGGAUGCAGAGUCGAAAGCCAGGCUCACACACCAGCAGCAGCAGCAGCAGUAGCAAGAGGAGCCAGGUUCUCAGCCCUGUGGCACGCUGGCCCUUGAGGGAUCGGCUUAUUCAUCGGCUCGCGUUAAGGCCCAAACCUGAUCUGCUGCUGUGGUUGGAGAGAGAGAGAGCCGAUUCAGAGGACAUGGCUGAGCUGACCCCAGUGUUGGAGGAGGUCAGCAACUGGAACCCAGCUGCUGACUGCUACUGUCUGAAGCCUGGGCUCUUCACACACGUCCAGAGAGACUGGCCUGGCUAUAAGAUUGAGGAGAAGCAGCUCAUCAACAGGCUCCUGAAGCCUGCGCCUCCACAGAUGCCCUGUCACGGAGUUGGGACUUCUGGAAACCCCCACAGCUCAGCCCUGUCCUCUGCAGACCUCCACAAAGGCCACACAGGAGAGAACGCGACGGCUACUUUAACCUCAGUGACUCCACUCCCCGACUAUGUCGUCAAAUACAGCACCAUCACAAAACUGGAGCAGCGGCAGAAGUAUGAAGAGGAGUUUGACGCCAAGUAUCAUGAAUAUCAAGUUAUUCAUGACCGGAUCGCCGCUGCCACAGAGAAGUUUGUGCAGAUGAGCUCUGAGCUGGACACGCUGCCUCCUGGGACGGAAGCUUAUCAGCAAAUGCAGGACCAUGUACUGGAAAAGUACAGACUCUAUCAGAAAUGGUUUCCUGGAUAUCUGAAAGACAAGAAGAAAUGUGUGUAUCUUCACCAUAAACUGGUGCAUAUGAAACAGAGGAUUGCAGAAUAUGACCAAACACAGGAGACCCGGGUGUGA